AUGUCUGCCAUCGAGAGAACGCCCAUCGCAACGCGUACAUUUCACGCAACAUGCCAUUGUCGCGCUUCCACGCUAUCCUUCACGGUGCCCACGGCCAGCUUGCCCUUGCCAGUCCACUUCUGCCACUGCGGCAUCUGUCGCCACGCCACCGGCACGUACUUCACAGCGGGCGCCUCCAUUCCCGAGCCCAUCACCGAUACUUCGACUUUCACGGCAUAUGAGAGCUCUGAUCACUUGACCCGUUGGUUCUGUUCGACUUGUGGUGCUCAUCUCCUGGCCAACACGCCGCUGGGUGGCGCGACGAAGUGGUUUGUCUCUGCACCUUCGGUCGAUGCGGAGGAGGACGUGUGGGAUUUUGCUGGCCAUGUAUAUGUGGAUAGUACGGGGGAUGGCGGGCUAGCAGCGCUGAUGACGCGGAUAGGUGGGAGAGAGGUGGGACUUUGGGACGAGCGAUCUGACAGAAGCGCACCAUGGCAUCAAGCGAGCACCGGAUCCAAGUCUGACGCUAUGAAGAAUAUUCCAGACGAACAGUUGCACGCUCGUUGCCAAUGCGGCGGCAUCGAGUUCUACGUCUCGAGACCGACAGGCGACGAGACGUUCACCGAGAUUGACGAAGACAACGUGCGGAAACACAAAGAUAAAUGGCUUGCUAUCCACGACGUGUGCAAUACAUGUCGCCUUACCAUCUCAACCUUUGUCGUAUCCUGGUUCUUCCCCUCGCGCAACCACAUCACGCUGACCGACGGCUCGUCAUAUCCCGACGAUGGCCUUUUCGGCACCGCGAGGGCCUACAAGAGCUCCGCAGGAGUGGACAGGACGUUUUGCGGCAAAUGUGGCGCGGCCGUGAGCUACGUCUCGGAGGAGAGAUCGAACGUCGUGGAUGUUGCUGUAGGGCUGCUUCGCACUGAUGAUGCCAGAGCUGAGGACUGGCUGGAGUGGAGGACGUGUAAACUGGCUUUUGAAAAGGAUGCCUGUUGGCAGAGUGUGAGAGAUGCGUUGAAAGAGGGACUGCAGAGGUAG